UAUAAAAUUAUAAAAAUGAAUUUAACAGCAAUGUAUUGUCUUUUUUCCCUAGGAAAAAUUUUGAAUGUUCACCCUUCUUUGCUGCCUUCAUUUAAAGGAUCUAAUGCACAUAAACUAGUCCUGGAGGCUGGAGUCCGUGUCACUGGCUGUACUGUGCACUUUGUGGCUGAAGAAGUUGAUGCUGGAGCAAUAAUAUUUCAAGAAGCUGUUCCAGUGAAGAUUGGAGACACAGAGGAAAUUCUGUCAGAAAGAGUGAAGGAGGCAGAACACAAAGCCUUCCCAGCUGCUAUGCAGUUAGUGGCAAGUGGAGCAGUUCAAUUAGGAAGAGAUGGGAAGCUAUGCUGGAAUUUGGAAAAGCAUAACUAAAAAAUAUAGGGUAUACAGCAACAAUUCUGGUGCAUAUUUUGCCUUCUGCAUUUGGCAUGGGGCAGCAGGAUUUAAAAUCUUAACCAAACAACUCAGGCCAAUAGAUCCCAAAAAUUAAAGAAUUGAACUUGCUGAAUUAUACUCAAAAUAGAACUAAAUGGAGAUUGGUCUAAGAGACAAGGCAUUUGUGUGAUUAGUCCAUCCACAGUAUAACUGGUGGUUAUCCAAAAACUAUGGGAAGAACUGCUUGCCACAAACUGCUGGUCAUCUUGUCUGUCUGUAACCUAUCACAUAAUUCUGCUUCAAGACGUCAGACUCUAUGUUGAACUCAGGCCUAAGAAAAGCAUCACAAAAAGAAUAGGUCAUAAUCACAAUUAUGAAUUAAGUAUUUUAAAAGUAUUAACGAUAGUUCUUCCUACUAAAUAUUAAGGUAAUUCUGAAUCAAGUUCCUUCAUUUUUUUCCAUAGUAAUACUAUCAAAAGUUUUUGUUUUGUAAUCCUCUACUAAAUACUCUGAACAAAGCAGUAGCAGUAUUAUUUUACAAAGCAGUAUCAUUCAAUACCAAUAUCUCUAUGUAACUGUCCUCCUAUGUGAGAAAAAAGUUUCACCCCCUUUUCUAAAUACAUUGUAUGUGAAACAUACAAAUGGUACAUUUUUUCCAUUAUACAAUCAAGCAACAAUCUUUUUUCAGGAUAUUUUAAUCUUAACAGUUAAAAUUAUGAAAUUUUAAAUGAAAAUUAUUCAUUUAAUUUCUGUUUGAAAGUAAACAUGGAAUUAUGAGCCUGAAUAGUGUCUACUUUUUCAAAAAGUAUGUUAUUAUUGUCUUUUAAAGUGAAUAAACAAUGUAGUUCCACUGAACUAUAUUUUUGUUACUAACUUAAACGAUCAGAAGCCAGACUACAUCAAUUACUGUGACAUUCCUUUUAGCUUUGUUUUUAUAUCCAAAGAUUAUGUGAUCUCAACUCCCAAUCUAAUAAAAAGUUUCAAAAUUCA